GACGGCCGCGCAGAACAAAGCGGUGGCAGCAGCAGCAGCAGCCCCAAGCCACCCCCAACCAAAAGCGAACCCCCUUUUAUGUUUACCCGGCGCUUCGUUUCGUUUUAAAGACAAAAAAACAAGGAAAGAUAAACGACGGUGCGAUUCAUGGAGCGAGGAGCGUCCUCGCUGGCCGCCUACGUUGUUUUUGUUGUUGUUGUUGCUGCUGCUGCUCCGAGUAGGGCGCGAUUAUAUUUUUUGUAACAAGAGGCUACGGAGAGGCGGACACUGUAAUUGUUUAUUCGUGUUUCGCUCCGUUGUAUUAUAGUGAGGCCUUUUUUUUUAAAGAGCUGUUUCGUUAGUAUUACUUGAAUUUAUCGUAGUUUAUUUUUUUUGUUCAACGUUUACUUAAUCGUCUUUUUUUUUGUUCCACCACGAAGUGUUUCUCCGCUGGGACAGGGCGCGCUGUUUACCGCGCACAACGGGGACUGCUCGGGCCAAAGCCGGCGAUGAGACUAGGCGAGACCGAGGCUUUGUUCGUAUACCGACAAACCAGCUAGGCCGCACCGUCCGCGCUUGUUCGCUAAACACUGACAUAAUACAUAGGCAGAAAACUUCGCACGUCUCUACACAAACAUUGAAUCCAGUCGGGAGCAAGGAAACGUAGCGGACAAAGUCUCCGCUGCCCUCGGUUAGAGCAGCAGUAAGUGUGCAGUAUAAUGCCUCGGCAGGCGAGCCAUGGGGGCCAGUAUUACUACAGAGCGUACCGGGGCCCCGAGGUGAGCUGCUGGACCAAGUACUUCUUGUUCGGCUUCAACAUCAUCUUCUGGUUGGUUGGUGCGGCAUUUCUUGCAAUAGGACUAUGGGCAUGGGCGGAAAAGGGAGUCCUAUCAAACCUUUCUUCGAUUACGGACCUAAAAGGAUUUGACCCAGUGUGGUUGUUCAUCGUGGUUGGCACCGUAAUGUUCAUCUUGGGCUUUGCUGGCUGCAUUGGUGCCCUAAGGGAGAAUACCUACCUCCUCAAAUUCUUUUCCACAUUUUUGGGGCUGAUCUUUUUCCUGGAGCUCACCGCCGGAGUGCUCGCCUUCGUCUUUAAAGACUGGCUUCGUGACCAACUGAACUUUUUCAUCUACAACAACGUGAAGGCCUACCGUGAUGACAUUGACCUGCAAAACCUCAUUGACUUUGCACAAGAUUACUGGCAGUGCUGCGGUGCCCAUGGUCCUCUCGACUGGGAUGAGAACAUCUACUUCAACUGUAGUAUCAAAAACCGCAGCCGGGAAAAGUGCGGUGUUCCCUUUUCCUGUUGCGUCAAAGACCCUGCGGAAGAUGUUGUGAACACUCAGUGUGGAUAUGACGUAAGGUUAAAAGCGGAACUGGAACAGCAAAGUUACAUUUAUACAAAAGGGUGUGUGACCCAGUUUGAGAAGUGGCUGCAAAACAAUCUGAUAUUGGUGGCAGGGAUAUUCAUCGGCAUUGCACUUGUACAGAUAUUUGGGAUAUGUUUGGCACAGAAUUUAGUAGGGGAUGUUGAAGCAGUGAAAGCCAAUUGGUGAGUCGACAAACAGCUGUGGGCCUUCAGUACCUGCUCGUAUAGCCCUGCAUCUUGGCCAGCAUGGGUUGGUGUGUCUGCAGUUAGUAUAUUCCGAAGCCUGCAAUACACAACAAAUCAGAUUUACAUUUUUAUUAGAUUACUCUCAGAUCACCUUUUUUGUUUUUCUUUUUCUAACUUGUUAAAUAAACCCUAUUUUUCAGACUUUGUAAAUGUAUGUUUGUUCAACAUCAUUGAGUCCCAAUUGACUUGUUUGACUUUAUACUACACACACACUUUUAAAAUUACCCAUUAUUGUUAUUAGUUGUAUGAGCAUUUUGUUUUGGGCAAUGCAGUUUGAAUGGACUUGCCGCAGUUCUGAAUAAAGGCUCUAUAGGUGGACAUUGAUUUGAGGAUGUAAUGGGUGGUUGUUAAUUGCUAAAGAAUAUUUACAUUCCUGAACAGUUAGUCAACCUAUUUAAUUUCUUUUAACAAUUUACCAUUAUACAAGUAUCUUCCUGAUUUUGUAAAAAAAAAAAAAUCUUUAUUGUACUUUCCCUAAGACAAAUUCAGAACUGUUUUGUUGCCAUAUUGCAUCACAUGCACAAUAUACAAUUGAUGAUUCUCCAUCAAGCCACAAUGGGUGUAUACAUUUACUUAUUUUAGACCACUUUUUCCCAAUCGGUGAAGAUGGCAUCUUUUUUCUUUGCCACUGAAUGCUUUUUUUUAUUGUUUUUAUCUUUUUCUUGAAUGUAGUGGCAUACCUCAGUAAACUACAUAAGCAGUUGUUAAUGAGCUUUAUUUGAUUGGCUUAUGUAACAGCUACAUUUAGCUUUCAUGUAGUAGUUUGUUCACUAGCUAUAGCACUCUUUUGUCUUUUGUUAGAUAUGUUGAACAAUAUUUGCCAUUCAUCCACUAACUCACUCUUGUCAAGCAUUUUAACAGCAGUGGAAUGUGUUCUUUAAAUGCAAGCUGCAGUGCAGCAGAUUUCACUAUUGAAUGCAUCACCACCUUCUAGUAUUAAACCGUCAGUAGAUUUAUUACUCUUCGGCCCAGUUUGCUAUAAUUUUAAACUACCACUAAGUAGCAGUGCUUUUAAUUUAUCCGUUGUAAGUACGUGUUACAUAGUAUAUUGCUGAACAGGAGUCCUGUGUAGUAUUGCUUAAAACAUCUACAGCAAGCCCUUAAAGAUUUACAAAACAAGUCAGUGCACCCAGAGAUAUUCAAUCUCUAGCAUGCUUUUAUUAUAGGAUGCAUGCAAACAAAGUGUAUUAAAUUUUAGUGUUGCAAGUUUUUUUUAUUUAUCACAUUGUAAUCUUCUUUUCUUUAGUUUGCACUGAAGUUGCUAAUGUCUAGAUAUGAAAAAUGAAAUAAAAAAACAUUUAAAAAGUUGUAACUACUGUAAUGAUUGCCGGAAUAAGUGAAGCCGCCACAAAGCAGGAGAGAAAAACACAUGGCGAAAGAAAGUUCCGCUAAGUAUCCACGCACUUGUUGUUGUUCUUCCAAAAAUGUGCUUAGCUUUAGACCCAAAACUUAUAAUUUGUAUUAAAUUUUUAGAAUAUUUUUCAUCUACAAGAUCUUUGGCACUCAUGUACAGUUGGGUUUGUCUGGUGUAUCAACUGUUGAAAGCCAGUGAAGAGGUUAAUAACUAUUAAGUGUACAGGCGGUGAAGUUGUGUGAAGUUUAUGCCAUUACUUUUAGAUGCAGGUCUGUCCAGUGUGACUGUUGUUCUGAUUUCUGCGCGGUAAUGAUUUAAAGAUGCAUAGCUGUUUUACUGUACUGUAAAUAUGAAUCGCUUUUCCUGUAUGUGAUCAGAUUGGAAAGCAUUUUGUUAGGCUUUUUGAAAUACAAAAUAAAGGAAAAAAACACCCCUUCUUGUAAACUUUUUUAAAACCUUGUGAAAAAAAUGGCCCACCUACAGUACAAGACAUGUCUGAUGUAACAUUUUCAGUGUUUGUAUGACUCCAACAGUGUGUGGAAAUAAAAUGCACUGCGCUCUUAA